CGUAUCCUUCAGCCUCGCCCUUUGCACCGGGCUCGCUCAUCACCCUCUGUGCUAGACUCUUUGCGAGUUUUGACUGCUGGAACUGCGCACCUUUGCACUCGAAUCGGAGUAAGGCUUCCCUACCCUUUGCACCAUGUCUACCAUGUCUGGUGCUCUUCCAUCACGCCUUGCUCAGGCCUCGCGCUCUUCCGCGAACUUUGCCGAAGCUCAAGCUCGUUCGCGAGCUCUUUAUCGGGACUUCUACAGAUCAGCACCAGAGGUGGCAGCGCUAUACGCCCUCGAUGUGCCACCUUCAGUCUUGAGGGCUAAAAUCAGACAGAAAUUCGAGGCUCAGCAACAUAUCAAGGACCUCGCAGUUCUCGACGUUCUGCUUCACAAGGGAAGGGUCGAGCUUCAGGAGACGCUCAAUGCAUGGAAACAGAUCCCGCACUUGAUGAAAUGGUUUAAGGAAGAGGAGGCUGCUCCCGUUCCUCAGACCUUCUUGGAACGAUUCUACGCUGGAAAGGACGAAGGAGGCAUCACCCCCACUGGCAAACCCAUGUAGGGAUCAGGCUGUGUACGGACAUGACACCGGAAUCAGCAACGGGCGAAGCGACCAGGUGAUGUCAUGGCCAGUCCACGAACAAAGGACCUUUCGCCGCUCUGAUCAUUCUGCCAAGGAGGGAUGCGCGACACUGUGAUUAGCAUCGCAUCACCUUGACAAUCAGUAAUUCAUGCUACGCGGCAGGUCAAGCGUGCGU